AUGGCUGGAAGACCGACAGGAGGUCGCCAUGGCGGAUCCUCUGGAAACCGCGACGACCUGCUGCUGGAUCUGGACAAUGACCAACCCGUAUAUGGCGGCGGCCAGAGAUCCGCCUUGAACGACGACGACCUGAUGCGACGCUACUCCCACGACCAAGACGAACCCCAUGGCAGACCCUCUGUCUCCUACGACGAUUUCGUCGGCGCAUCGACUUCACCCGCAGGUCGUCCUGGCGCACCUGGGCUGGCCCCUCCGUCUACCUAUAUGCAUAGGCAAUACAGCCAGACAUCAGAUUUGGGCAACUAUGAGCGAUAUGCCGACUUUGACGACUUGCCCACAGACAACGAGUCGUACUACCAACAUGGAGGCUCAAUACCAGCAGACGGCGGCCCAACUUCUGCCAGGAAUAACGCCAGAAAUCGAAACAGCGUCUUGAGCUUGGGAGGCGGCUUUUUUGGCAGGGUCAAGAACCGACUUGGCAUGGGCCAAGGCUAUUCGGAAAUGGAUUUACCACUGACAGAAGGCGGUCACGAACGGGGAGCCUCGUCUGGUGGUGGUGCGGGUGGCUCACCACCGGAACAGAAGAGCAAAGGCUUCGACAUGGGCAAUUUCAAGUUCGGGUUUGGCCGUGGCAAGCCAGACCCGUCUACUGUCGGGCCUCGUAUCAUUCACCUCAACAAUCCGCCAGCCAAUGCCUCCAACAAGUACGUCGACAAUCACAUCUCGACUGCCAAGUACAACAUUGCGACCUUUCUCCCCAAAUUCCUUUUCGAGCAGUUUUCCAAGUUUGCCAACAUCUUUUUCUUGUUCACGGCUGGCUUGCAGCAAAUUCCUGGUCUCUCACCGACGAAUCGAUACACAACUAUUGCCCCUCUACUCAUUGUGCUCUUGAUUUCGGCGGGUAAGGAAUUGGUGGAGGAUUACCGCAGAAAACAGGCCGAUAAUGCUUUGAAUACUUCCAAGGCACGAGUCUUGCGCGGAUCCAGCUUUACCGAAACGAAAUGGAUUAAUGUGGCAGUUGGAGAUAUUAUCCGUGUGGAGUCAGAGGAGCCGUUUCCUGCUGAUUUAGUGCUUCUAGCCAGUUCCGAGCCCGAAGGUCUCUGUUAUAUCGAAACAGCAAAUCUGGAUGGCGAAACGAACCUGAAGAUUAAGCAGGCACUACCAGAGACCUCGUCCAUGGUCUCAUCAAGCGAACUGAGCCGACUAGGUGGACAACUCACGUCGGAACAACCAAACAGCAGCUUGUACACAUAUGAAGCAACAUACAUGAUGCCGACUGGUGGAGGAGAGAAAAAAUUGUCGUUGAAUACUGAACAACUACUUCUUCGUGGUGCCACUCUACGAAAUACCCCUUGGAUUCAUGGCGUCGUGGUCUUCACGGGCCACGAGACGAAGCUCAUGAGAAACGCAACGGCCACCCCCAUCAAGCGAACCAAGGUCGAGAGGAAGCUCAACUGGCUCGUCUUAGUCCUCGUCGGCAUGCUUUUGGCACUCAGUGUGGUUUGCACAGUUGGCGAUCUCAUUAUGCGUGGUGUCAACGGCGACUCACUUGGCUAUCUCUACCUGGACAAAAUUGACAGUGCUGGUGCUGUUGCAAAGACCUUUGCCAGAGACAUGGUCACAUACUGGGUCCUGUUCUCUUCACUGGUUCCCAUCUCUCUCUUCGUCACUGUGGAGCUUGUCAAAUACUGGCACGGAAUUCUCAUCAACGACGACCUCGAUAUGUACUAUGACAAGGUGGAUACCCCAGCGACAUGCCGAACAUCCAGUUUGGUUGAAGAAUUGGGCAUGGUUGAGUUCGUCUUCUCUGAUAAGACGGGUACCCUUACAUGCAACCAGAUGGAGUUUAAGCAGUGCUCAAUUGCCGGCCUUCAGUACGCAGACGACGUUCCCGAGGAUCGCCGUGCCACUGGACCAGAGGAUGACAUGGGUAUUCACAACUUCAACCGAUUGCGAUCCAACUUGGCAGAGAAACAUGAAACGGCAAUGGCGAUUGACCAUUUCCUCGCUCUACUUGCAACAUGCCACACCGUUAUUCCUGAGACGGACGAGAAGGGUCACAUAAAAUACCAAGCCGCCUCUCCAGACGAAGGUGCUUUGGUGGAAGGAGCUCUUCAGCUUGGCUACCGCUUCACAGCACGAAAGCCAAGAUCGGUGAUAAUCGAUGUCGGUGGCCAGGAUUUGGAAUAUGAGCUUUUGGCAGUCUGCGAGUUCAACUCAACCCGUAAAAGAAUGUCGGCAAUCUACCGCUGCCCCGAUGGCAAGGUUCGCAUUUACUGCAAAGGUGCUGAUACGGUCAUUUUGGAACGUCUCAAUGAACAGAAUCCUCACGUUGAGGCAACACUCCGCCACCUGGAAGAGUAUGCCUCAGAAGGUCUUCGAACACUCUGUUUAGCUGUGCGCGAGGUUCCAGAACAAGAAUUCCAAGAAUGGUAUCAAAUCUAUGAUACUGCAUUAACUACUGUCGGAGGGACACGAGCUGAAGAAUUGGACAAGGCCGCAGAAAUCAUUGAGCAUGACUUUUUCUUGCUCGGUGCCACAGCCAUCGAGGAUCGUCUCCAAGAUGGUGUUCCCGAAACCAUUCAUACCUUGCAGCAGGCCAACAUCAAGGUGUGGGUGCUCACUGGAGAUCGCCAAGAAACCGCCAUCAACAUCGGCAUGAGCUGCAAGCUUCUUAGCGAAGACAUGAUGCUUCUCAUUGUAAAUGAGGAAACCGCCGCAGCCACGCGAGACAACAUUCAGAAGAAGUUGGACGCCAUCAGAACCCAAGGCGAUGGCACUAUCGAGACUGAGACGUUGGCACUUGUUAUUGAUGGCAAAUCAUUGACCUUUGCUCUGGAAAAGGACCUUGAGAAGUUGUUCCUUGAUCUGGCCAUUAUGUGCAAGGCAGUUAUUUGCUGCCGUGUGUCCCCCCUUCAGAAGGCCCUCGUCGUGAAAUUGGUCAAGAAGUAUCAGAAAGAAUCUAUUCUCCUAGCUAUUGGUGACGGAGCGAACGAUGUGUCCAUGAUUCAGGCCGCCCACAUCGGUGUUGGCAUCAGUGGUAUGGAAGGUCUGCAAGCUGCACGGAGUGCGGAUGUUGCCAUUGCCCAAUUUAGGUAUCUGCGCAAGCUGUUACUUGUUCACGGAGCAUGGAGCUAUCAGCGCGUGAGCAAGACGAUUUUAUUCUCGUUCUACAAGAAUAUUACUCUGUAUCUGACGCAAUUUUGGUUUACAUUUCAAAAUGUGUUCUCUGGACAAGUCAUUUACGAAUCUUGGACUCUGUCUUUUUACAACGUCUUCUACACGGUCCUCCCCCCUCUGGCGCUUGGUAUUCUCGACCAAUUCAUCUCAGCACGCCUACUCGACAGAUAUCCCCAGCUCUACACUAUGGGCCAGAGUAAUUACUUUUUCAAGCUGAAGACGUUUGCUCAGUGGAUCGCCAAUGCUUUCUAUCACUCCAUUAUCCUCUACAUCUGGGCGGAGCUCUUCUGGUAUGCCGAUCUCAUCCAAGGGGACGGCAAGAUUGCAGGCCACUGGGUCUGGGGAACAGCACUGUAUGGCGCCGUUCUCUUGACUGUACUGGGUAAAGCAGCACUGGUUACAAAUAACUGGACCAAAUACCACGUGCUUGCCAUUCCCGGCAGUAUGGCUAUUUGGUACGUUUUCAUUGCCGCGUAUGGUAUUGUGGCACCCAUGGUCAACUUUUCGAUGGAAUACCACGGUGUGAUUCCACGAUUGUACGCCAGCCCAGUCUUUUGGCUUCAGACUGUCGUUCUAGCAGUUAUGUGCUUGCUACGUGACUUCGUGUGGAAAUAUGCAAAGCGAAUGUACCGACCACAGACGUACCAUCAUAUCCAAGAGAUUCAAAAGUACAAUAUUCAGGACUAUCGACCAAGAAUGGAACAAUUCCAAAAAGCAAUCCGGAAAGUCCGGCAAGUGCAACGAAUGCGCAAGCAGCGUGGCUAUGCUUUUUCGCAGGCCGAUGAAAGUCAGACGCGCGUGCUUCAAGCGUACGAUACGACGAAACACAGAGGUCGCUAUGGAGAGAUGGAAAGUUCCAGAGCACCAGCGCAGUAG